GCUCUUAUUAUGUAAAAAAAUGAGAACCACUGUCUCACAUGUGUUCAUUUUGUAAUUGCUAAUAAAAGAAUGUGAAUAAAUAAAUAAAUUGAAACAAUAUUGUACAGUUUCUUCGUUGGAUACAAUUAUUUUUCUUUAAUUUCGUGAAGAAAUAUAUGAAAUUAUAUUUAUAGGACAUACAAUAUGCCGAAGGGAAAAUCAAAAAAAUUUAUUGAUAAAAAAAAUUCCGUGACAUUUCAAUUGGUGCAUAGAUCGCAGAGAGAUCCAUUAAUUGCCGAUGAUGAUGCUCCUUUACGUAUAUUAAGGCCACUUGUUGAUUCACAAGCGGGAAAACAUUUAAAAAAAGAUAAUGACAAACGUAAAGAGGAACAGGAAAAAUAUGGAAUUCAUUUUGACGAUGAUUAUGAUUAUAUGCAACAUUUACGUAGUAGUAAUAAACAAUCAGUGGAAUGGGAAAAAAUUGAAAAUAGUAAUGAGACAAAAAAAGAAGUUGAAAUAACAAAAUUUAAUUUACCAGCAAAAAUGUUUGAAUCUGCCGAAGAAGAGAAAAUUGGUCUUCUUAAUCGUGCAAUUCCAAAAGGUCUUCAAUUAGAUUUAGAUCCCGAUAUUGUUGCUACAUUUGAAGAUGAUUAUAAACAUGAUGAUCCCGAGGAUUCUGAUUGUGAUUUUGAGGAGGAUUUUAUAACAUUGGCUGGUGGUGUUUUGAAAGAGGGUGAAAUACCCGAGGAAGAUGGUGAAUAUGAUGAAGACGAUGAGGACGAUUACGAUGAGGAAUCAGAUAAUGAUUCAUGCGGUCACAUGGAGAUUUCCGAUGAAGAAGGAGAUGAACUUGGAAGUCUAAAUGGUAGACAAUUUACAUUUAAAGAUGAAGAGACAAAAUCUCGUUUCACUGAAUAUUCAAUGAGCAGCAGUGUUAUCCGACGAAAUAAUCAACUUACAUUACUUGAUGAUCGAUUUGAAAAGAUGUAUGCUGAGUACGAUGAUAGUGAAAUUGGCGCAUUGGAAGGCGAAGAAAUCGAUGGUUCAUGCGAACCAGAUAUGGAUGUGCUUUUAAGACACGUGGAAAAAUUUAAAAACGAUCAAAAACAACUUGAAAAUGAAUCUAAAGAUAUAUCGAAAUUAAUUAAGGAACGUAUGAAAAUAAAUGAUGAUAAAAAUUCAAAUUCCGAAGACGAAACAACUGAUCUCAUGAAACUUACUGUAAAUAAUUCUGAAAAUGAUAAAUGGGAUUGUGAAAGUGUUUUGAGUACAUACAGUAAUAUUUAUAAUCAUCCAAAAUUAAUUGCCGAACCACGUGGUUUGGGAAAAAUAAAAAUUAAUACAAAAACAGGAAUACCCAAAAAUGUAUUGGAUGGUCCAACGGGUAAAUUAACAGCAAAAAGUUUAGCGCAAUUCGAUCGUAUAAAUAAUGAACACGAUACAAUAAUACAUCAGGGAACGAAAUCUAUUGCUGAAACAAUGAAAUCAAUUGUCAGUGAAUUGAGUGUAAGACCAAAAGAUGAGACACCAGAGGAGAGAAAAGAGAGAAAGAAAUCUCUAAAGAAUUAUCGAAGAGAACGACGAAUUGAACGUAAAGCAAAUACAGAAGCAUUUAAAGAUGAAAAGAAACGACAAGAGAAAAUAAUGUUGAAUAACAGAGUAAAUAUUCAGGGAAAUCGUUUAGUGUGAGAUAAUGAAAAUAGUUUUUUUUUUUUUGUUUUUUUUUUUUGUACUUUAUCAAAUAUUUGAUAUUUGAAUAUUUAGAAUAAAUCGAGUAAAUAAAUAUUGAAUUAAAGAUUU